CUGGCAGCACGAGUGGGGCGGGACUUCCGGUAUUGCCCUGGCUAUGCUCCGUUUGCAGUUGGCGGUGGGUCUGUCCGGUUCUUUAGCGAAUACCGCGGUCCGGGACGACGUCCCUCGAGUGCGGUGGGCGAGAGCGGCGGGCGGCAGAAGAGAAAGGCGGCGACCCAGGCAGCGCCUCCGCACGCGCGGGCAUCCCUGGGAUGGCUCUGUCUACUUGAGGCUCGCGUGCCCCGUUUCCCCGGAGGCUGCCCCGCAGCCCUCAGAGCCUCGUACCCGGCGGAGACCGAGCUUCGAAAUUUCCUCGGCGGCCGGAGGUGGCUGCGCUGCGCGCCGGGCGGCGGCGGAGUUCAUCUGACACUGGGCGCGCGUGCUGGUCGCAGGUUCCGAUGGCCGAGGAGACGCUGGCUCAGUUGAGUCCAUCAUGGCAGGGGGUGACCUUUGAGGACGUGGCCGUGUACUUCUCCCGGGAGGAGUGGAGUCUCCUUAAUUGCACCCAGAGGAGCCUGUACCGUGAUGUGAUGCUGGAGAACUUUGCCCUCAUUGUCUCACUAGGAUUUGUACCUUCAAGAUCCCAUGCGGUGGCCCAAGUGGAGGGUAAAGAAGAGCUCCAGAUGGCCAACAUGGUGGACAUGACUCUGGUUCGCAGAGCAGAAGCCAGGAAGGGUCCUGGUCUUGGUUGUCCCUGUAGACUGGAUGAUGGGGAGGCCCCUCCUCAACAGGUAAGGAGCUGCAGAGUCCACCUGUCAGAGAAGCACCUUCUGGGUGGAGAGACUAUGAAAGACAUCCCUGCCACCUUAGGCCACCUCCGGCUCCAGGCCACCCACAGCGAGGGGGAGCCAUGCAGGAGCCUGGGGCACAGGGAGCCCUUCCUGCCCAGCCCCAGUCGCAACCAGCAGCAGCAAGGAGACCACACCACACAGAAGUCCUUCAAGUGCAGCGGCUGCAGGAAGGCCUUCCCGAAGGCCUUCACACUCCUUGACCACCUGGUAACCCACUGUGAAGAAAGACCUUACAGGUGGCCAAAAGGUGGAAGUGUCCCCAAGGAGAACUCAACCCUUCAUCACCAAAAAAUCCACACUGGAGAGUCAUCCAACGUGUGUAAUGAGUGUGGAAAGGCCUUCAGUUACCCAUCUAAACUAAGGAAGCACCAGAAGGUUCACACAGGCAUAAAACCUUUCAAGUGUGGUGAGUGCGGGAAAACUUUCAACCGCAAAGACGCCCUUGUUCUGCACCAGAGAAUUCACACUGGAGAACGGCCCUACGCCUGCAGCGAAUGUGGCAAAGCCUUCAGUGUCCUGUCCACCCUCAUCCGGCACCGGAAAGUUCACAUUGGAGGCAGGCCGUAUGAAUGCCGGGAAUGUGGGAAGUUCUUUAAAUACAACCAGAGCUUCAUUCUCCACCAGAGAGUUCACACUGGAGAAAAGCCUUAUGAGUGCAAGCAGUGCGGGAAGGCGUAUGUGACCCGCUCGGGCCUGUACCAGCACUGGAAGGUCCACACUGGAGAACGGCCCUACGAGUGUGGCCUGUGUGGGAAGACCUUCACCACCAGGUCCUACCGCAACCGGCACCAGCAGUUCCACACGGAGCAGAGGUCCUAUGAGUGUGCGGAGUGUGGGAAAGCGUUUAAACACAGUUCUACCCUCCUUCAGCACAAGAAAGGCCACAUUGGAGAAAGGCCAUAGGGGGACAGGAUAUGGGAAGGCCUUUCACCAUAGCUGGCACCUCGCUCAAUAGGGAGGGCAUCUCUGCAGAAAGGAGCUUGAGGAGAGGAGCCAUUUGAAAGCUAAACUGGGUACCCCAUCACUCAUGCUAUGCUGUGGGGGUGUCAGGUAUGAGGGAAGGUUGGGAGCUGUGUUGCACUCUGACCUGCACAGGCUGUGACAGAAGCCAUCACACCUCUGCCACCUGGCACCUCCCCCUAAUGCAUUGUCACCCUGAUGUGCUCAGAGACAGCAGACCAUGCACCCUGCUGUGUAUGGAAGAGUCAUGAAUGGUGGGGCCCAUGUUGGGCCUUCUUUCCCCGAAUAGUUUAGGUGUGGAUACGACCUACCUGUGGCCAACAACUUAGCUAAGCAGUGUCUACAAAGGACAUCUGGGGAAGGUGAACCGAUUUCUGCGGUACCUGUUGUGGGUUUACCCAACCCUGGGACUGUCUCACACUGCUCUGGAAGGCAUAGCAAUAAAGGCCUUGUUGCUUAAGUGA